CGUUUGUAUUUCAUUUCACUCACUUCACUUUACAAACGAACGACGUAUUUCAUUCGCUAGCAUUGUAUGCGCUUACUGUCUUUCAGUAAUUUAUAAAACAUUUUUUUAGUUUCGAAGCUUUCUUUUACUUGUCUGCGUUGCUUUAUUAGUAUUUUAAUUGUAUUUUAGGAUAAUUGCGUGAUAUAAUUAUAAUGUUAGAAAGUGUAUAAAUAACAUAACCAACAAGGUACUGUAUAACAGUACCUGCUGCGUAUCACAAUUUUGGUGCCUACUAGAAAAUUGACAUAAAAUAAGUGAGCCAGCAUGGCAGAGGCCCAUUCUGCGGUGGCGUUCUCGUUCGCCAUCACCCACGAUGGGUGGGACGUGAACUUCGACCGGGAGGUGCUGUACCUGGUCUGGGAGUCUGGUCUCCGCUCGUGGAAGAAGCGCCUCGCCAGGUUCAGGAAUAGCGUGCACAAUGGCGUGUACCCCGGGCACCUGCAGUCGCUGUAUGUGCUGUGGACGCUACUUGUGGCGGCCCACUUCGGUGGCUUCAACAUACCCUUCGGACUGGUCCAGAAAGCCCUCACGAUCAUGCCUGGACAUUCUACGAUGUGGCAAGUGAUCGCUUGCUUGCUGGCUGCGCUUACCAUGUGGCUUUCCGUCAUUUUCCUCAUGCGGUAUCUCCUCAAAAUACUCCUAAUGUACAAGGGUUGGAUGUACGAGUCACGCGCGCCCGGAUCCAAGGUGUCGUGGAAGACCAUGCUGUGGGUGAGCGUGGUGAAGGUGCUGUCAGGCUGGAACAAGCCCAAACUGUACAGCUUCCAAGGGUCGUUGCCCCGGCUGCCACUGCCUACUGUCAAAGACACCAUGCGACGGUACCUGGUCAGCGUGCGGCCACUACUGGAUGACGAGAACUACAAGCGUGUGGAGAGAUUGGCUAAGGAGUUCGAAGAGGGCAUCGCGGUCAAACUGCAGAGAUACCUCAUCCUGAAGUCAUGGUGGUCAAGCAACUACGUGUCUGACUGGUGGGAGGAGUACGUGUACCUGCGCGGCCGGUCGCCGCUGAUGGUGAACUCCAACUUCUACGGAACUGACGCCAUCUUGUUGAGGCCGACGGGCAACCAGGCGGCGCGCGCCGGCACCAUCAUACAUCUCUGCCUCAAGUUCCGCCGGCUCAUCGACAGGCAGGAGUUGGAACCUAUAAUGCUUCAGAACAUGGUGCCGCUGUGCUCGUGGCAGUACGAGCGUCUGUUCAACACGGUGCGCGUGCCGGGCGUGGAGACGGACAAGAUAGUACACUACCAGGACUGUAGCCACGUGACUGUGCUGCACAAAGGCCGUUGGUUCAAGCUGAUCGUCUACUCCCGCGGCCGGCUGCUCAACCCCGCCGAGAUUCAAGUGCAAAUCCAGCAGAUCCUGGACGACAAGUCGGAGCCGCUGGUGGGCGAGGAGCGCCUGGCGGCGCUGACUGCGGGCGAGCGCUCACACUGGGCGCACAUCAGACAGACGCACUUCAACCGCGGGCACAACCGCACCUCGCUACACUGCAUCGAGCGCGCUGCCUUCAACGUCUGCCUGGACGACAGAGAGUACGGGUACGACCGCAAGGACCCGGCGCAGCUGGACGACUACGGGCGCGUGCUGCUGCACGGCAAGGGCUACGACCGCUGGUUCGACAAGUCCUUCAACCUCUGCUUCAGCACCAACGGCUAUGUUGGCUUCAACGCUGAACACACAUGGGCCGACGCGCCGGUCAUGGGACAUUUGUGGGAGUACGUGGUCUGGUCAGAAUUGGAAAUGGGGUACAACCCGGACGGCAACGCCCUGGGCACGGCGGAGGCGCCGCCGCCGCAGCCGACCCGCCUGCAGUGGGACCUCAACAAGGAAGAGAUCCUCAACGCCAUCGACGUCUCCUACAACGUCGCACAAAAACUCCUCAACGACGUCGACCUCAGAAUACUGCACUACACUAAAUAUGGAAAAGGUUUCAUGAAGAGCUGCCGCGUGUCUCCGGACGCGUUCAUCCAGCUGGUCCUCCAGCUGUCGUACUACAGGGACGCGGGCCGGUUCUGCCUCACGUAUGAAGCCUCCAUGACGCGCCUGUUCCGAGAGGGGCGCACAGAGACCGUCCGCCCGUGCACCAUUGAGAGCUCCGCCUGGGUCAAGGCCAUGCAGAAUCCUAACACUACGGUGGAAGAGCGCGCGGAGUUGUUCGUGAAAGCGAGCAUGCGGCACCAGCUGGGCUACCAGGACGCGAUGGCGGGCCGCGGCAUCGACCGCCACCUGUUCUGUCUCUACGUCGUCUCCAAGUACCUGGAGGUCGAGUCACCAUUCCUGCAGGAGGUCUUCAACGAGCCCUGGCGUCUCUCCACCAGCCAGACGCCUUAUGGUCAAACGAGCAUGUUGGACCUGAAGAAAAACCCGAACUGCGUGAGCGCGGGCGGCGGCUUCGGCCCCGUGGCCGACGACGGCUAUGGCGUGUCCUACAUCAUCGUCGGAGAAGAAACCAUCUUCUUCCACGUCUCCAGCAAGAAGAGCUGUCCUAUCACUAGUUCAUCGAACUUCGUGAAGCAGAUCGAGGGCUCGCUGAAGGACGUGCAGGACUUGUUUGUUGAAUAUAAAAAACUCAAACAAAAACAGAGUCAACAAUAGAAUUAUUUCGAAACUUGCGCUUCAUUGUUUAUAAUGUAAUAUUAAUCAAUUUUUUGUUGUUGUUGUAAUAUGUAGUUUAUGAAUAUUGUAGAUCUAGAUUUUUUUCUUUAUGACUCAGGCGAUUUUAGUAUUCCUUUUUAUGUAAAUGUUUGUACAAUGGUGUCGUGACGUAUAUUGUUUUAUGUACACGGGAGACAACAUUGCAUUUUUUAGCAAAUCUGUCUGACUCCUGUUUAAAAGCCAACACAGCACUGUUUUUGAUGUCUUGAAUACUAAUUAUCGUUUUUAUAUUAAAAUCACGUUGUGUAAUAAAAUAGUUGUGCUCCUGUGAUAUAUGUAAAAUUAAAAUCCAAUUAUUUAUAUGAAAUUUAAUCAAGGUGAAUAGCUUAUUAAACUAUUAAGAAAAUGUACUACUUCCUGCAAAUAGUUCAAUAUUCAUUCUUUGUAGCUAUACUAAAUUCAUGUAAAGUUUUAACAUCACAAUAUAGAAAAAUUGUCUGUAUAUUUUGAAAUCAUGUAAUGAAUAUUAUUGAAACAAUCAUGUCUCUAUAACUCGAUCCUUUUUUCAGACAUCAUUUUGAUACAAAUUUGUUAAGAUAUAAUAUUUAUUUAUUUACUAAGUACUACUUCAUGAUGUAUAUCAAACAUUAACAACUUAGACAAUAUUCGCACUUGCAUGUUUUAAAUACUAAGUACCAAUAACGUGUAUUUAUAUAUUUUAGCUAGGUAUGGGUAUAAGAGAUAGGAUCGAGUGUAAAAAAGUAAAGUGUUGGUAAGCAAGGAAGGAUAGAUACGUGUUGGAGCCUGGGUGUUGUCUCGACGAGAUACAAGCAGAACUAUUAUAGAGACGAAAUACUAUUCUUUAUAUUUUAUGUACAUUUUGAUGCUUUUACACGCAUUUUAUAUCGGGAACUAUUUAAUUUAAAUAAAUAGCUGUAAACUAGCAUUUCUACAAGACAUUUUAGUUUACGGGCCUGUCACAGAUCUCCAGGAUUCAAACACUUUAUAAAGUUAUUAAAGCAGCGCAUUCGGUAUUCCUCAUUGUUACGCGUAAUUUACUGACACCUGCGAGAGUCAAAUAAAAGAAGCCGUAACCGCCACUUACUGCUAAUCGAACUCGACGCAAUAUUUCAGCUGAUAGCGUCAGUUUAUGUAUCGCUGAGUCCAUAGAUUCGCGCGAUAUGUCAGAAUGUUUAACAUAGAAGCUAGUUUACCUUCCAGUCACGAGUUUUAACGAAUCUGCGAUAUGUAGUAUGUUGAUGAGGAAUGACCGUAGCGCAAUGUAAAUGUGCAUUAUUGAAGAACUACUUUAACCUUGACUUGUUAUGGCGGUUGUCCUCAAUAAUGUGCUCAAACAAAGGAAUAAAAUAAUGUUAAUAUUAUUAAAAGAAUAACUAAAUUAUAUCGUAUCAGAAAGACACACUACACCUACAGUCAUUUAAGUAAUUAUUAUAUUUUGUUAAUAAAUAUUAAUGGUUGUACUGAGCACAUAAUUAGAGGGCAAUUAUAGAAAUGAACAAGCAAGUGAUAGAUACGUAUAAUCUUCGGGUUGAUUUAAAUACUUAUUUUAAUUUAUAUAGAUUUGCAACUCAACAGGUAGCUAAUUUUGUAAAAAAGUUCGCAUUGUAUGUUACUUUUCCUGAUCACAAACAUCUAAAAGUUUCAAGAGUGUAAAUCUACACUAAGCCAAUUCUUCGUUUUACAUUUAUAUAUUACACAAAACAUUAUUACGUUCCACGUCUGCAACCCAUUACAUUGAUUCCAAUCAAUAAUGUUUGUGUUAUAUUUGAGAAUACCUGGCUUUAUCAUUUUUAAUCAUAGUAUUUUAAGUACAGUAACAAAUUAUAAGCAUAAGUGUUAAGUUAAAUAAACUGUUAUUACCUAAUUACAUUUUCAAUCAGUUCUUUUCAUGUUCUUUGAGAUCUGCAUCUUGUGUGGGUUCAACGGGUAAGGGUACAUUUAAAUAAAGUGAAAGAAGAUUUUUUUAAAGAAAGUUUUGAACUCAUUUGAAUUCCUAAGUAGGAAAACUUAAUCGGCAUAGAAAGUAUCGAAACUUUGACGACAAGUCUAGUGGUCAAAAGGUUUACUACGUCUACGUCUUUGUUUCGAAUAACACCUAGAAUAACACGAUAUAAAUUUGAUUGAUUUGAAGUAUGAAUAUUCGUGUAUUAUUUUAAAUUGUAACGAAAACUCGGCUAUUAUCCCGUACUUUUCACUGAUCAAAUUCUUAUCAGUCAUGUGAUAUUGGUAAAAAAAAUAAUUAUUUAAUUAUCGCUUAUAUUACAGUUAUAUUUAAUACACACUUGUGAAUGUGAACUAAUAUCUAAUAGACAUAAAUCUACCGAACCGAAAAAAACUUCGAGAGAAUGUCAGAAUUCCUGAAUGUAAUGGACCUGUAAUUUUAAUAAUUUAACACGUUUGAUUGGAACCGGACGUAAAAAUCAAGAAGUUAUAUUUCCUCACGUUAGGAUUCUGUUCACUAUGGCGUACUAUUUUUUUAAAAGCCUAUUUAUUUUCUAAUUCAUUUAAAUCUGUUGUAAAUAAAUGCACAUAAUAUUUAAA